UAGGCUAAAAUCAAAACACUGGUGAAGGUUCUCAAGACUAUGUAGACGCGAGUCUCUUCUGGGUUGCCAGAUGUAGGCUAAUGAAGACACACCAAAUUCGAUGCCACGAGAUGGAGGUUUCUAACGGACAUUUCUUUCUACUGUACUUGCUGCUACCAUGGCCAGCGACGACGACACGGAACUCAUUGAAAAAAUGAGUGAGCUUCAGCUGCGGAAACUAGCUGGACAGCUUUUUGCACGCCAGCCAGGGUUGGUUUUUGAUGCUCUGUCAUCAAUCAAUGAUUCCGUUCGGCCCCCGUCUGAGAGCUUACCUGUGGGGUGGUGCAGGUGUGGAAAUUGCAGAGAGAUGGCCACAGACGCGGAGAGGAAGUGUUGUGGACAAAGGCCAGCUCUCUGCAUUAGUCAGACACCCCAUUUCUCCCUGUACUGCCUGGAAGACGGCUAUUUGCGUUUACACAGGCAGUACAGGGACGAUGUCUUAGUAUUUGACGAAGCAAGGGAGCCGGGGGAGGAUAACCGGGAGUAUAGGUAUGCUGCCUACCGGCAAUUCAUUUUUUGGCAGCAUGGGGCCUUAGGUCGGGGAAACAGAAGAUCUAUUCCUAGUUGCUGCAUCUGGCGUAUUAGAGACAAAUACCCCGAUCCACAUGGCCAAUACACUGGUUUUCUCCCUCACCUGUAACCCUCUCUGUCUAUACCCUUUAUAUAUAUAUAUAUAUAUAUAUAUUUCAACUAAAUUAAAAUUAAACAUUUACAAGAAUAUGGUAUGUUGGCUUCUUUUAAGAGAUAAUAUGAAAAUUAACAAAUACCGAACUGAAUGUGAAAUUACUUUUAACAUAUACACCUUCAUUUAAGACACAGAAAAGGAUUAAAUGACAAAGUAAGUC